AUCUCUUCCUCCCUCCAUCCUUACCAACCUCUUCUUCCGCCGCCACCACCGAUAUGGCCACCUCCGCCACCAACCUCCGCACUACAUCCCUUAGCCACAAACUGUCCUCCCUCUCUAUUUCUUCUAACAACAAACUUUCUGCCUUUUCCCUCACAGUCCGCCAGCCCCGCCUUAAAUCCCGCUUCAUAGUACUCUCCGCCAACCUCGACGCUAAGCCGACUGUGCUGGUGGCCGAGAAGCUCGGGGAAGCGGGCCUAAAACUCCUAAAAGAAUUUGCAAACGUGGACUGCUCUUAUAAUCUCUCACCUGAGGAGCUCUGCACCAAGAUCUCGCUUUGCGAUGCUCUAAUUGUAAGGAGUGGGACGAAAGUGAAUCGCGAGGUGUUUGAAUCUUCUGGUGGGAGAUUGAAAGUUGUUGGAAGAGCUGGUGUGGGAAUUGAUAAUGUGGAUCUGGCUGCUGCGACGGAGCAUGGCUGCUUGGUCGUUAAUGCGCCCACUGCCAAUACCGUUGCGGCUGCGGAGCAUGGGAUCUCGCUCUUGGCUGCCAUGGCGAGGAAUGUUGCUCAAGCUGAUGCGUCUGUAAAGGCUGGAAAGUGGCAAAGGAACAAAUAUGUGGGUGUGUCACUUGUUGGGAAAACACUGGCUGUGAUGGGUUUUGGAAAGGUUGGAUCGGAAGUCGCCCGGCGUGCUAAGGGUCUCGGCAUGCAUGUGAUUGCCCAUGAUCCGUAUGCCCCAGCAGACCGAGCUCGUGCUAUUGGUGUAGAUCUUGUGAGCUUUGAAGAAGCAUUAGCAACUGCAGAUUUCAUCUCCUUGCACAUGCCUCUUACCCCUACUACUUCCAAGAUGCUUAAUGAUGAAACUUUUGCAAAGAUGAAGAAAGGAGUUAGAAUUGUAAAUGUUGCUCGAGGAGGAGUGAUUGAUGAAGAAGCUUUGGUGAAGGCAAUAGAUGCUGGAAUUGUUGCUCAGGCAGCCCUUGAUGUUUUCACGGAGGAGCCCCCUCCAAAAGACGGCAAUUUGGUGCAGCAUGAGAAGGUGACUGUAACUCCCCAUCUUGGUGCUAGUACGGUGGAAGCACAGGAAGGGGUGGCUAUUGAGAUAGCUGAAGCUGUUGUUGGAGCCUUAAAAGGCGAACUUGCUGCUACUGCAGUCAAUGCACCAAUGGUGCCUGCUGAGGUUCUAACAGAGCUGAAACCAUAUGUUAUGCUUGCUGAAAAACUUGGGAGGUUGGCUGUCCAGCUAGUAGCGGGAGGAAGUGGUGUGAAAAGUGUGAAAGUGACUUAUGGCUCUCCUAGAGCUCCUGAUGACCUUGACACAAGGCUGCUUCGGGCUAUGAUUACCAAGGGUCUCAUUGAGCCCAUAUCCAGUGUUUUUGUGAACUUGGUUAAUGCUGACUUCACAGCUAAACAGAGAGGAUUAAGGAUAACUGAAGAACGCAUAACUCUGGAUGGUUCACCUGAGAGUCCACUUGACUUUAUCCAGGUUCAAAUUGCCAAUGUUGAAUCAAAAUUUGCGAGUGCCAUAUCGGAGACUGGUGAGAUUAAGGUUGAAGGACAAGUGAAGGAUGGAAUUCCCCAUUUGACUAAGGUUGGAUCUUUUGAGGUGGAUGUAAGCUUGGAAGGUAGCCUUAUACUUUGCCGACAGGUAGAUCAGCCUGGAAUGAUCGGUAAGGUGGGAAGCGUAUUGGGAGAGGAGAAUGUGAAUAUCAGCUUCAUGAGUGUUGGAAGGAUUGCUCCACGAAAGCAAGCUGUUAUGGCAAUUGGAGUUGAUGAGCAACCCAAAAAAGAAACUUUGAAAAGGAUUGGAGAAAUCCCAGCAAUUGAAGAGUUUGUCUUCCUCAAGUUGUAGUGUGGCAUCACCACUUAUUAUUUUUGUAGUUUUACUUCUUUCGGGGAUGGGUAUAUCAUUACUUCAUUGUAGUGCCCCAUUUUGAUUCGAGUGUUGUGGUAGUUUUUGGAAAGGGAAAGAAUAAUCCAUCUUUUAGAUAAGUGUGUACUUAGGUACCAUAUAUCUUUAAUUCAUAUUUUCUUUUAGCUUGUUCUUGAAUAUGAAAUUGGCUUUCUUUUGUAUGUAA